AUGCCACCGAACGAUGUGGUAGACUUGACGCUUGAUUCAGACGAGGAAAAGUCGGACUCGCCUCUACCGGAAAUUACCUCGCGCAGGUACAAGUUCGUGGAUGAGCUCACGCCUAUCAGAAUUGAUUUCACCUCCCGAAGGCCGGCCAACCCUUCGGCGUCGCAGAAGCAACCGGUUGCGUCCGGAAGUAAACCUGUCGCUCCUGGACGUCCUAUACCUUCUGGCUCGGGUUCAUUCGCGUCUAGCAGUAAACCCUCUAGACAACCGCAGGCACCUAGUGCCAGUCAAGCCGUAUCCGGCAGUAGAAGCUUCACGUCCGCGUCGGGGAUUCCUGGGCCUCUUCAUGUCCCCGAAAUUCCUCGUCGCACCAAACUCUCCGGCCCUGGUCCGCUGUCGCAGGCGCACAAGUAUGAUAAGGGCAUUGGCGACAAUCUCAAGCGACCUGCUCCCGAUGCCCGGUCGGGUCCUGUCAAACGGCGGAAGAAGAGCUCUGCGAUAGAGACCAUCACAAUAGCCGAUUCCGACAGCGACGAAAUUACUACGCCUACGCCGCGAGGCUCUAUUUCCAGCAAUCGUAAUAAAGGCAAGGCUCGCGCGAGUAUAACGCCUCAAGCUAGACACAGGUCUCGUCCGCUUGCGACGCCAGCUACGAACCCCGUCAUAGAGUCUUCGUCCAUCGUCAUCGACGACGAUGACAUGGAGAUAGAGGAGAUUCUCGCACCUGACGCCCCCAAGACCGAACCGCUCGACCUCACGAACAUCAGUGUGAGCAUCGAGGCCGAUGUCUCUGACGAUGAGAGUAGUAACGACGAAAUCUCGGAUCAAGACGAGAAUGGCGGAUACACAUAUGCCUUGCAUGGCGAUAUGUGGAAGGAUCUGCCGCCGCGACGAACAUUUACGCCCAAGUCCGAGGCGACUGCGAAUCCCGCACCUUUGCAUCGUUACCGGUCGCCUUUGCGCCUUCCCGACGAGGACUCCGAUCAAGACGAUAACGCAUAUGUCGACGGUGACAGCGACGAAGAUGCCUUCGAGGCUUUGGCCCAGCAAAUGAGAAAAGACUUUCGCAGGCAUAUUCGUCCUUCGCCGGCGCUGCUUCAACGACAGUGGGGUCUUCCGCACGGCACUCUCCGAGGCCAUCAUUGGUCGCACGUGAGAGAUAAGUUCGACUUCAAUGUGCGCGAACGUGAUUCGGACAGGACGCUUGCCGCGAGUGGCUCUGUAUUAAGUAUCGCACAGGCUUCUGGCUAUGUCGCUGUCGGGAGUACUACUUUCCGCGGCAGUAUACUCGACGACGGCCCUAGCACUGACGAGCGUGAUGAUGGAGGUUUUGCAAAUUCACUCGGGUGCCUCCGAGUGUGGGACGGUGUGAACCAGUGGUCUUAUUGGUUAGCGGCGGGACACCAAGCCUAUCGUCAUAGGCACUUCGAAGUCAAAGAAGUCAUCUUUGAUUGCUCUGACCCUGACUACCCCUAUCUGCUCUCCGCCGGAGGCGACGGCGUUGUCCAAGUCUGGCAUCGGCCACAUCCCGAUGGGGAUGUCGUGAUGGCUGAUGCAGAUGGACAGGCUGUCAAAGAGCCGCCGAGAGAGCUCAAGCUCGUGGCCAACCGAGAGGCCGACGGAUUACGGGCAUGGCAUGCACGCGCUUGCCCUACGACUCUCAGGCUUCGCUCGCAUCAUCCCGACGACCGUGCACUGGCCGUUGGCUGCUCGAAUGGACGCAUAUACAUCUACAACGACUAUCUCGACCCGAAUAAUUGGAAUCAUCAAGCGUCGGUGCCUGGGUAUGAGCUAUGUCCCGCGAAAAGCCCGCGCGCCACAGGCGAAGUGCUCUGGGGGCGCGACACUUGGUUGUAUGCUUCGACCGAGUCGGACGCUCAUGGCGACCAUUGGGCGAUCGACACCAGCAAGCGUAACGGCAAGGGCAAAGAACGCCUCUGCGACGGAUCUGGGAAACCUGUGACCGAUAGCGGCGACGCUAUGGCGCUGACUGAUGGUCACGACCGACUCGCGCUUUUCACGCGCAGUAAAGAAGCGAAACACGUUCUGCGUGUAUACGACGUCAAGAAUACGAACUUCGACGCCGUCACGACCGUCACACUCGAGCGGUUCCCCCGUCGCAACGAGAUCGCGUCGGAAGUCACCUGCGCGAAGUUCAGUCCCGACGGCUGCUUCAUCGCUAUCGGGCGCAACGACAAUUCCUUCCACAUGUAUGAUACGCGCAUGUGGAAGGAGCCCAUCCAUCGGUUUCAGCACAAUAUAUCGGCAAAUGCACAGAAGAAUCGGUCCAUCGGCGCGCCGAAUUACGGUGUCACGCAUUUCGAAUGGGUCGUGCCGCCUCGUGGUGGAGGACUUGGUUUCGUCUCAGGAGGUGGUGACGGCUGUGUUUAUCUAUGGGACAUGCUCAAUGCUCAUAGUGCUAGGCCAGAGCUCCUAGCUGAGAUGCAGCAUGGCGUCGCGACGUUUUCUGUUGGUGAUCGUUGGAAUGGAGAGAAGAGGCUCGUUGUUGGUGACUGCGGUGGUCAAGUUCGCUUUUUUAAUUGA